AGGAUGGUAACUCACGUCCUCACCCCAAAAAAUAACACUCAAACAAAAAUGGCAAAUCUAACACCUUUCUCUAAACUUGAUGAAACCUUCGACAGAGCUUCCGAACUCAAAGCCUUCGACCAAACUAAGGCCGGCGUCAAGGGCCUUGUGGACUCUGGCCUCGCCGAAAUCCCAGCAAUAUUUUACUACCCACACAAAGAACGUUCAAAUUCCAACGAGACCUCUGUUCCCAACGAACCCCAUUUGGGUGUUCCAGUGGUGGAUUUGGAAGACAUCGAUAAAGAUCCAAUCAGACGCAGACAAGUGGUGGAUAAAAUCCGAGAAGCUUCAGAGACUUGGGGGUUCUUUCAAUUGCUUAACCAUGGGGUUCCGGUGAGUGUUCAGGAGGAGAUCAUAAAUGGGACACGUCGAUUUUUUGAACAGGACACUGAAGUGAAGAAACAAUAUUAUACAAGAGACAUCACUAAACCUUUCAUUUACAAUUCCAAUUUCGAUUUGUUUAGUGCACCCAUUACCAAUUGGAGGGAUACCAUCCUCACUCAAAUAGCUCCAAAUUCUUUUAGCCCACAAGACUUGCCUCAAGUUUGCAGAGACGUUCUACUUGAUUAUUCAAAACAUAUGGAGAAGCUUGGAGAAUUGAUAUUUGGACUACUUUCGGAGGCUCUUGGUCUGAAAUCAACUCAUCUCGUGGACAUAGAUUGCAAUGAGGGACAUGCCAUUCUCUGCCACUAUUAUCCGUCGUGCCCUCAGCCGGAACUCGCCAUUGGCAUCACCGAGCACGCUGAUGGUACCUUCAUCACCGUGCUGCUGCAAGACCAUAUCGGAGCUCUUCAAGUUCUACAUGACAACAAAUGGGUAGAUAUUCCACCCGUUCCUGGAGCUUUAGUCGUCAACGUCGGCAACUUAUUGCAGUUGAUUUCGAAUGACAAAUUUGUGAGCUCGGUGCAUAGAGUGUUGGCUACUGGAAAGGGUCCAAGAGUAUCGGUGGCAACUUUCUUCUCCACCACUGGCUAUGCACAAACCUCCAAACUUUAUGGACCAAUCAAAGAAUUGUUGUCCGAACAAAAUCCUCCCAAAUAUAAACAAACUACUGUGAGAGAUUACCGUCUCUACUAUGCUAAAAGAGGGUUGGAUGGAACGAAUCCUCUCACACACUUUAGGCUUUGAUUUUACUCAACUGCUUUUUGGUUCAUAAUUCCAAGACAAGAGAGAAAGGCAGCAUCAGGGGGACAGAGUUACUGAGUUAUCUACUCCUGUUUUCUGUCUGUAUUUGCCGUCAGUUGAUUAGGAAGCAUUCACGUCGUUCUCAACGCCCAAAAAAACUAUCCCCAUUCAGAUAAACUGAUCGG